UCAUUUGUAAGAGGGUUGUACUUCGGUAUUAGAUAAACAGAAUGCCUGUUGAUAUUGUUUUUGGGAGCCGCUUUCUACGUUAAAAGAGCUGCUGAGUUUUCUACACAGAAAAAACCCUGAGGUGUGGACAUAAAACCGGUGCUUGCAGGAACUUUUUAUGGCACCGUGAUUACCCAUAAAACAGUGCGUUUAAAAUUUCUCUGCCUCUGAACCACCAAUCAAAUGCGCAGGCGUCAAGGUUGUUGACGUAUUCAGAUCGCAUGCGCGCUGUAUACAAAAGGACUCAGCAGGAGCGUUCAAGGUAAGAAUGAAUCUACGGGCGGCUAUCUUAAACACCGAGUGUGGAACAAUUGCUCUGAUGCCGGACACCGUGACCCGCAAUCCCGGGACAGUCCUGCUGUCUUCCCCUUCUCUCAGCCCCACGAUCCGUACACAGGCCCUGGGAAGCUUCCGGCUGCUGAGGGAAUGGGAACCGAUGGAUCUCUCAAACAGAGCUGAGAUCCAGCUAUUUAAAUGCAAGGAUUAGGAACUCGGCGAAAGAGAACAAAAUCUUUUACAUCACCAGUUGAGAAAAUCUUCUUUGUUCUACCUCCAAUCACAAACAAGAGAAAACCCGUGGAGAGGGCACAGUUUUAAGGUGCUUGGAAGCAGGUACGAAGGAGAUGUCAGGGGUGUUGUGUUCUUUAUACGGACCGUGGGUUACUCAUAACAAACUAUAUUAGGGAAGAAUUGACCUUUUAUUUAACAGCAACAAAACCACGUUUUACACUGCCAUGCUUCUCGAUCAUUCUUCAUUUCUGCGCAUUCUCAGAACUCUGUCCAGUCACGUCCUGGCACGUGAUAUCACCACGAGGGCUGAGUUUCUUUACGCAGAGUGAUGAGUGUCUGGAAUGGGCUGCCGGCGACUGUGAUGAAGGCGGAUGCAAUCGUGUCUUUUAAGAGGCUUCUGGUACAUGGUGCGCAGAAAAAUAGAGGACUAUGGGAAACUCUAGGUAAUUUCAAAAGUUAAAAACGAGAAGGAAUUUGUCUCCACGAAUCUCAGAUACGGCACGGCAAUUUUGCUGUCUCUGUCCCGAUAUUUAAGAAGUGGAGCAAGGGAUUCAAUCGACCAUCCUUCCUGCUCAGACUGUGGGAAUGGUUUCACUCGGUUAUCUCAGUUGAAGGUACAUCAGCAAGUUCCCACUGGGCAAGGCCAUUCAUCUGUUCUGUGUGUGAGAAAGGGUUCUAUUUGGCAUCCCACCUGCGGACAGACCAGUCCGAUCACACUGGGCCGAGGCUGGUCAUCUGCUGAAUUUCAGGGAAGGGAUUCUCUCGGUCAUCUGACCAAAUGGCACACCAGCAAGUUCAUACCGGGAAGCGGCCAUUCACCUGCUCAGACUGUGGGAAGGGAUUCACACUGUCGUCCCACCUACAGAGACACCAUCGAGUUCACACUGGGGAGAAGCCGUUCACUUGCUCGGUCUGUGGGAAGAGAUUCAGUGAGUCAUCUGACCUACUGGUACAUCAGCGAGUUCACACUGGGGAGAGGCCAUUCACCUGCUCAGUCUGUGGGAAGGGAUUCACUCAGUCAUCCAACCUACUGGUACAUCAGCGAGUUCACUCUGGGGAGAGGCUGUUCACCUGCUCAGUCUGUGGGAAAGGAUUCACACUGUCAUCCCACCGACAGAGACAUCUGCGAAGUCACACUGGAGAGAAGCCAUUCACCUGCUCAGAAUGUGGGAAGGGAUUUACACUGUCAUCCCACCUACAGAGACACCAGCGAGUUCACACUGUGGAGAAGCCAUUUACCUGCUCAGAAUGUGGGAAAGGAUUCACUCAGUCAUCCAUACUGCAGAUUCAUCAGCGAGUUCACACUGGGGAGAAGCCGUUCACCUGCUCAGACUGCGGGAUGAGAUUCACCUGCUCAUCUAAACUGAAGGUACAUCAGAGAGUUCACACUGGGGAGAAGCCGUACACCUGCUUAGACUGUGGGAAGGGAUUCACUCAAUCAUCCAACCUACUGGUACAUCAGCGAGUUCACACUGGGGAGAGGCCAUUCACCUGCUCAGUCUGUGGGAAGAGAUUCACUUGCUCAACAAAACUGAAGGUACAUCAGAGAGUUCACACUGUGGAGAAGCCGUUCGCGUGCUCAGUCUGUGGGAAGAGAUUCACUUGCUCAACAAAACUGAAGGUACAUCAGAGAGUUCACACUGUGGAGAAGCCGUACACGUGCUCAGUCUGUGGGAAAGGAUUCACUCAGUCAUCCAAACUACAGAAUCAUCAGCGAGUUCACACUGGGUAGAAGCCGUUCACGUGCUCAGUCUGUGGGAAAGGAUUCACUCAGUCAUCCCAAUUACUGGCACACCAGUCAGUUCACAAUGGGGAGUGGCUGUUGUUAUGAAUCCCUGGGUUUUGUUUGCUGUGGACUGUCAUUUUAAGAGAGAGACAGAUUAAGAAGGUGAAUCAGUCUGACUUGCAGCUUGUUUACAUCGCUCACAACUUGUUUAGUUUUAACUGAGGACACAGACACUCAGAGUCAGACGGAGACGAAGGAGGAAAAAUGGAAGGAUCGAAACCAGGGAACUGGAGGCCAAGGGUCAAUCUUUGGAACUUUCCUAUGCCCACAAUGGUGGGUUAAUUAUCGAUUCAUCGUACAUCGAAUGUGUGGUUGUCACCUCGUUUGAUCCAUAGGAGUGGAUCUGAUUUGGGGUAUCAUGUGAAGACCACUGAUGUGUUAUCCCUUGCCUGGGUGUGGUGACGAUACCCCUUGUGACAAUUUGCUUUUGGUGAUAAUUCGUAUUUGGAUUUGGAAUGACGAUGGAUAAAAUCUACAGCGAUUAUUCUCUCGCUUUACCACCAUGGAACCUGUGGAAUUCGACAUAAUUGCCUUCUCUUGACAUUUACCCCGGAUUACAAAUAUCUCCCUCAUCACCUAUUCCGUGGAUGAACUGAGCUUUCACACUUUACUAUCUCAAGACUCCUUGUUUCCCCCGUGCUCAGUAGUUUGGGAGUUAUAUUUACACACAUUUAUUCACAUAACACUGUUAACUUCUGUUUGUCUUGUUUAAAUUACAAUAUUAUAAGUAGUUAUUAAUAAAGAUAGUGGUUUUAACAUCAAAACCAGACUCCAGGUGUAGUCUAUUGCUGCUGGUUUGUUUCUAAAGCGUUACGGUUCAUAACAAAAUUGCAUCCUGCGUCCGGGAUAUGAACAAACUUGGGGAAAUAUUGAUCGAUUAAUUAUCGAGUUGAAUGGGGUGAUCCCUUUUGAUUUAUUUGUGUGUGGAAAUCAGCAGCAAUGGAUAUUUAUAUAAUUCUGGAAGCACCAACCCCUGAGGUAUUAGGAAAC